AGCGACAAUGUUUGAAUUGUUUUUGUUUGAAUUGGGAAUACAGCGUUUUCAUUUAAAUGUGUAAAGGAAGUAAUCUUCCUUUACAAGACCUUCGUUAAUAUGUAAUAAGCCCGAUAAAUCAUUGUAGACGAACUGUACGGCACUUAUUAGUAUUUUAAUUUUUAAAUCAUGCCAUACUGUGUGCUUUUUGAAAAAAAUAUUUACAUGUUUGAGAAUGUACGAAAUAGAACUAGCUGCGGGGAAUUAUUAUUUACUUGAAUAAACGAACUGCAACAUAAGUGUAUUUCACAGACGUGCCUUCUCUUGACGUGUUUUGGAAGUGUGUUUGUAUGAUUCUCUUCGCUUGUGGUGCAAUAUAUAUCAUUACCGUGGUUGUGAAUCCGACUGCUAACAGGAAUAUAUAUAAUGGAACUUAUAAUAUACUCAUGUGUGGACAAUAUUCAGUACUGUACGAAAAUGACAACUUUGUGGCGAACUGACGUUGGGGUGGUGUCAUGUUUACCGGUGUCGGGAGUGCGCGUGAAAUGCUAAUUCUUUACUCCACUUAAUCCGUUCAAUCGAAUUCUGCUGCGUGGAAAAUCUUGCGACAUAAAUCUGCUGCAAAUAUUAGUGCCCCUCAGAAGAGCUUCAUCACUUCACCAAAGGAUCGCAAACAAGACCGACAAUGCUAUAUUUAGAAGAUUACUUGGAAAGAAAUCGGAGAAUCACGUGUAAAAGCAACUUCAGUCAGAAGAAAUGUGUGGUAGUAACUGAGACUCUUUAGAAAAAUACAUAAUGCAGAGUUAUUUAGAAGACUGUCGAGAAAUGAUAGAACAUCUUCCCCAAGAACUGAGGGAUCGUUUCACUGAAAUGCGUGAGAUGGACUUGACGGUCCAGAAUAACCUUGAAAGUCUUGAAAAACGGGUGAAGCUCUUCUUUGCAGCAGCGCGGAGAAUGAAAGCACAUGAGAAAGACCGUGAAUAUCAGCUGAUAUGCCGAGACUAUAUAAGAACACUGGACUUUGCAGAUGAAAAAGUGGCAAUGGCUACCCAGAUGCAUGACUUGGUGGAAAGAUACUUGAGAAAACUGGAUCAGGAACUUCUCAAAUUUAAAUAUGAACUUGAAGCAGAUCAUCGAGGAAUUACAGAAAUAUUAGAAAAGAGAUCUUUGGAAAUGGACCAACCAUCUGUCACAAAGCAACAGAAGGACCACUAUAAUUUCACAGUUCCAAGGGCUACGCAUUAUGAAAAGAAACGUGAAUCAGUGUCAACGGCACAUGCAGCAGAGAAAAGAAUGUGUGUUGAAAAAUCGUUACCAGUUCCAGACCCACGUCAGUCAGCUACAGUUUCAGGAAGGGUGACUCCUUCUACUACUCCUGCAAAUACAUCGAAUGUGGGAUACAAUUUAGGUCACAUAGGAGCAGGUGGAAAUGCUAUUGCAGCUGCUGCUUCUCAGGCUAUAGCUGCAACCCAACAGAUGCAGCAGGGACGCCGAACUGCAAGCCUGAAGGCUUCGUAUGAGGCCAUAAACAUAGGUGUCCAUGCUCAUGAAUUCAGUAUAGGCAAAGAGCUGGCUGGUGCAGCUCAGACUGCUAUUGCAGCAAUUCAGGAGACAACAAAGAAGCAAAAAAAGAAAUCAUCGCAUGCUUCAUCAAAUCAAGGUACAAGUUCCAAUGCAUCGGCUGUUUCAAAUUCUGUGCAUCAAACAGUUGCCGUUGUUGAAGAACCGAUAGCGACAAAUGAAGUGACAGCAGUUGACAACUCUGAUGGCAAUGAUUGGGCAUAUGAUCCAAAUGAACCAAGAUACUGUAUCUGCAAUCAAGUUUCUUAUGGCGACAUGGUAGCAUGUGAUAAUGAAGAUUGUCCAUUUGAGUGGUUUCAUUAUGCAUGUGUGGAUGUGAAAGCCCCACCUAAAGGAAAGUGGUAUUGCCCACAGUGCACUUCAACAAUGAGGCGGCGCGGUUCACGGAAGAAUUAAAUUAGUGACAUAAGAUAUUGUAGGAAACUGAAAUCAGGAAAGAGAAAUGGGUCAUUACUUUCAUGAUAGCAAAAGUAGUGUACCAUCAAUCGUAUUUUACUCUUUUUUUCUAAUGAAUUAUAAUUAUGAGAUCAAAGUCUAGAAAUUAUGUGAUAAAUUUUUAUUUCUAUUUAAUAUUUUUUAUAAUUUCUUUUGUUCAAUAGGGAAGUUCCAUUUCACUUUCCUAAAUUUCAACAGGUUGUUUCCUGAUACUAGAAAAAAAAAUAAAACAUUGUGCCAAAAAAUUAUAUAUAAUUAUUGUGGUGUUUAAAAUAAAAUGAAUUGAAUUAUUUUUUA